AAUAAAGCGUUAUAGUGUCGAUGCCCAGACUCUCGAUAGGUACGCGUCCAGAUUGCGGUUUCUGCAGGAAUUCCCACUCGGGCAAUCCAGACAAAGUUCCGAGUCCGACUCAACAAGACGAGAAAGGCCAUGGAUCUCGAUGAACUUAGGAACAAGUACAGGCGAGAAUUCGUUGCCGUGGAUUAUCCAGACUUGGUUACUGCGCACAGCUUCCUGAGACACUUCCACCAGAGAGAACUUCACUCGAUAUUUGAAUCCCUUCCGGACAGGAAACGAAGCCUUCUGGACGUUGGCUGCGGGCCCACAACCUACAACGUGUUCCCAGCCACGAAGCGCGCGCAGGACGUCGUCCUCAGUGAUUACGUGCUCGGGAACAGGGUGGAGGUGGAAAAAUGGUGGAAGAAUGCUCCCGACGCGCUGGACUGGUCAUGCUACAGCGAGUCUCUGGCGAGGCUCGAAGGAUUCAGUGACGUCAAGCGAGGAGCGGAGGAGAUAACGACGAGAACGAGGAAUGCCGUGAGGAAGGUGAUCCCCUGCGAUGUCCUGGAUCCCAGAGUCCUUCCAGAAGAGCACUGGGAGAAGUUCGACGUGGUCCUCUCCUGCCUGUGCCUAGAGAGCGCCUGCCCGGACGAAGACAGCUUCCGCAAGGCGGCGCAGAACGUCGGCGGCCUCGUUGGCGAUGGAGGGCUUUUGAUUCUGUGUGGCGUCCUCGGCUGCCGCGAGUACACUGUGGGUGGAGUCACGUUUCCCUGUCUCGACCUGACGCCGGACACGGUGAAGGAUGCUCUAGUGCGAGCGGGUUUCCAAGUCAAGCUGUGGCGUUGCCUGGAAGAGUCUGUACGCUCAUCAGCGGUUAUCGAGUCCGCGUUCGUCGUCAUGGCCGAGAAGCUGAAAAGCGAUGCACAGUGAUCGGUCCCACGGGCGUUCGUUGUUAAAUUUAAUUGUGUCUGCAAGUCACAUAGAAAUGGCACGUGUGCGAGGAAGCGGGAGAACCGUUCAAGCGUCUGAAAAUGGACUCGUCCCAGUUCACUAAAUAGUGUUAGUUUGUUAUAAAGAUCAUUACUUCGUACUUAUAUAGACGCUGCUCCCGAAUAAAUUUUAUUUUGUUGUUGUUCGGA